CAGGAGAGCUGAGAGCCGCAGAGCCAGUCCUGCCAAGCCCUGGGAUCCCGCAGGGGAAAGAGCCUGCUGAGCUGCAGCCGCCCAGCAGCAGCAGCACGUACCUACUUAGAGCGGGAACACAGAUCCCUGUGCAUCCUGCGCUGCCGACCCUGCUACCCAGAAGCUGGGGCCUCAGCCCCAUGAAGCCUGCUGGAGAGGGGGCACCAGGGAGCAGCAAGCCGGCGGGGCCUGAGGCUGACGCUGUCUCAGGGAGGCAGCCCUGACUCCCAAGGGGACCCCCUUCCUUCUUCGUGUCCCCGGGCCCCAAGUCUUCUCCAGGGGUCCCCUGUCCUCCUGAAGCCACGAGAUGGCCUUCCUGCAGCUGCUCUGGAUGGGUCUCUUCUGCCACCUGUGUCAGGGCUACUUCGAUGGCCCCCUCUACCCGGAGAUGUCCAACGGGACGCUGCACCACUACUUCGUGCCCGACGGGGACUACGAGGAGAACGACGACCCCGAGAAGUGCCAGCUGCUCUUCAGGGUGAGUGACCACCGGCGCUGCUCGCAGGGCGAGGGCGGCCCGGCCGGCCGGCUGCUGAGCCUCACGCUGCGGGAGCAGUUCACUGUGCUGGGCCGCCAGGUGGAGGACGCGGGGCGGGUCCUGGAGGGCAUCAGCAAGAGCAUCUCCUACGACCUGGACGGAGAGGAGAGCUACGGCAAGUACCUGCGCCGGGAGUCCCACCAGAUCGGGGACGCCUACUCCAACUCGGACAAGUCCCUCACGGAGCUGGAGAGUAAGUUCAAGCAGGGCCAGGAGCAGGACAGCCGGCAGGAGAGCAGGCUCAACGAGGACUUCCUGGGGAUGCUGGUGCACACCAAGGCCCUCCUGAAGGAGACGCUGGACAUCUCCGCGGGCCUCCGGGACCGGUACGAGCUGCUGGCCCUCACCAUCCGGAGCCACGGGACCCGGCUAGGCCGGCUGAAGAACGAUUACCUUAAGGUGUAGGGGACCGAGGGGGACAGAAGACAGGGCUGACAUUCCCCCGCGAAGAUAAUCUUUAUAUUCAGAUUUGCACUUGGAGAAUGAUCUGAAGUCAUCUUGGAAAAGGAACGAAGUGGGUUUGGUUUCUGUACAUUAUUUAUGAGAUGGGUCUGCCAUGGAUUUGCCACCUGCCAACAACCGUGGUAAGCCAGGCCUCCCACCUUUUCCUCCGAGGCUUGGUAGCUGCAGAGACACCUGUUUCAGCCACCCCCAAAGGACACCCAGGACACAGUGUUGAGCUUUCCCCACCCCCUCAUCGUAGAGAUUUGCUGCAAAUACACAGACAGCAGACAGACAGCGUGCAUAGCUUCUUCCCCCUCGCAGCCUCUCCCCUGGGCGCUGGAAGCUGGCAGAGCUGCCUGUGUUUCAGAGGAGGCCCAGCACGGCUCUGCAUACUCCCAGCAGAUGGAAGAUGCUGUCUCCUCUUCACUUUUUCUCUCUUAUUUAUUACCAUUGUCUCUAAGGUUUUUUUGUUUUGUUUUGUGUUUUGGUAAGAGUAUUGGCUAGAAACUACAUGCAAAUCAUCCUUUGCAGGGAGAUGUGCCAGUGCCUCUGUGUGUAUAAAUCCCAGCGGCUGGCCACCUUUAAGAAGUCUGAGAUUUGUGGUGGUUGGGCACUCACAUCGAUGUGUUGAUUUGCGAUGUCUCUCACUGUGUGUCUGUGUCAUCCGUGCUCUGGUCCAUUAAGAAGAAGUAGCUUGUUUGUUUGAACACACCCCCAAAUGCCUUAGGAGUGAGGUUGUCAAUAUAUUCUUUCUCAUUUAGGGGGUCUCGCUUCUGUUUGCUUAUUGGAGGCUUGUACUUCAGGUAAUGGGGGAAGGGGGAUCCUAAUAACUCCUUAGCCAAAUUUUAUUAUUCAGACAAUAAACAUGUUCUCGUGUAA